AUGCAAGCCCGACGACUGUUCGCCAACAGGAACGCCAUCCUCUACAUCGUCUUCUCGGCCGCGGCGUCCUUGUUCCUCCUCGCCCUCGUCCAGCGCAAAGGCCACCUCUCAGGCAUCUCAGCAUCCACCAUUGCAGAGACUCUGACAGGAACACCACACGCAGUCACAGAACAAGAGCACGGAUACGAACUCCUCACCCACGUGCCCAACUCCACCGACGUGGGCGUCAACGACCCGUACGAAGGCUACAAAUGGCAUUCCGAGUCAAGGCUACGCCUGCUCACAGCCUGUCUCGCGCGCGGAGACUGCCAUCCCAACCAGGUCUCUAUUGCGAUCUUCAGCACCUUCCACUGCCAGUGGGGCUACUACGACGGCUAUCACGGCGGCGAGGGCGUGUGGUGUGUUGGCAUGAUGCGUGCGCUGGAGCGCCAGGGCUUUACUGUCCUUCACGGCGGUGACAACAACUGGAAGUACAUGUACCACCUGCAUCGCCAGUUCGGGGACAUGAUCAAGGUUAUCAUCUCCGAACCGGGAGAGGAGCAGCGUCAUGGCACGUUUGACAUGUACAAGAAGCGUCCCGACUUUCCCCUCGGCAUCCCGGCAUGGAAGUACUUCAACUUCCAGUACUACCCUACGGGCUGGUCAACUGUAGUUGGCCGUGCGUGGGUUGUCUGCGCCGAGCCGCGUAUCUCGGGGCACUGGAACGUUACCGUCCAGGACGACGGCAUUGCCUGGGUCUCCACGGGCGCGCAAGAGUUUCACGCCUACACCGACCCAGAGAGCUCAGACUUUACUUAUCUCGGUUACGACAUGAACCCGGACCCAGAGGAGAUUCAUAUCGUCCCUUGGGAGGAACGUCCUUAUCGCGUCUACAUCAUGGCCAAAUACGCGCACUACUUUCACAACGGUGACCAGAUGGUGUACGACACCGACUUUUACCAGCGUGCCUACGACGAGCUCAAGGACGAGUUCCCAGGAUUCGAGUUUGUGGCCGGUAUUGUCGACCAGCGUUCCGAAGAGGACAAGCAAAAGUGGGGUCCUAUGCCACCGCCCGUGGUUCACAACUUGGGCAAGCUCAACGCGACCGAGUUUGACGCAGAGUUUUCAAAGGCCCGCCUCAUGCUCGGCAUGGGCGCUCCUACCCUCAGCCCGUCCCCAUACCGUUCACUCGCAUACGCCGUGCCAUUUGCCAACCCGCACAAGCUGCGUGACGGUGGCACAAACGAAAACGACCGCUCAUGGUCGUUUGUCCAGCACGACUCGCUCGAGCGCGUGCCCGAGCCCUACGUGUAUCAGGUCCAGGCGUUCAACUACACCUCGUUUGUGGACACGAUCCGCAAGGCCAUGGUGGCGCCUAUCGAGCCAUGUCGCUUUGAGCGUAUGCGCCACUCGGUGACUGGCCGACGUUUGUCAGAUUUCGUUAACCACGAUUGGAAGGGCGAGGCGGCCAAGAUGCUCGAGCUGAGAAAGGAGGGCAAGGACAAACAGGGAGGGCCGUCUGGUGACUUCGAGUUAUAG